GAGGAAUCUUCUAUACGUUUUGAAAGUAUACUUCUUUUCUUCUUCAUCAAAGCAUCUAAGAUCGAAAUUAAUGCAUAAUCUGCUGUACUGAGGAGAGAGCAUACUUCUGAGAGGUCGAGCCGGCGGGGAAGAACCUCUCCAACGUUGUCCAUCUUGAUUAAAAUUGAAAGGGGGAAACAUUCCACAGAGAUGGAUGAAGAGGAAGGUCGGAAUCUGCUCGUUCCUGUAGAUGACGCGGAGGACUGUGAACGCGCUCUGCAUUGGUGCUUGGACAACGUACACAGGAAAGGAGACACUGUCCACCUAUUGCACGUCGUUCCCCAUGCACAUAACUCAUCGUUCUCACACCUGGACGAGCACCAAGACGAGUUGCUGGCGGAGCAGGCACGCGGGUUCAUAGAGGAACGCUUCCUUCGCUCCCUGGAAGCCUCUAGGGUGCCAUACCAUGUGUGCAUCGUGCGGGGAGAGACGGACACCGAUAGUGUGGGGCAGCUGAUAUGCCAGAAGGCCGACGAGCUGCAUGCCUCUCUUGUGGCGAUGUCAGCGCACAACAAGGGCCGCCUCGUGCGCUUCAUUGUGGGCUCGACCACCCGCUACUGCAUCCGCCACUCGCACGUCACAGUCCUGGUCAUGCAGAACAACUGAGUGAGUGCACCGUUGAACAGCACCACUGGGAUUGGCAAAAUCACAGGGAUUCAACAAUCAGAGAGCUGGUUGAGAGGCUCAUGUCCUAAAGGAGCUUGUUCGAAUCAAGCAGGCAAGCUCAGGGGGCCUGGUCAUGCAGAAAAACUGAGCGUGCGCUCUGGUGAGCAGCUGUGGCAGCAAUGAAGUGGAGGCAAAAACAGCAGCAUGAACAGCAGAAAUCGUCAGCGUUUGAACAAUUGGCAGUCCUAGCGGGAUCUUGGGACCACGCAGAAUGAGAAGCCAUUUUGCUUGGAGAGCCACGGUAUUCAUGGGUCAGGCGACAACAGAAAAUAGCCAAGACAUCAACCUUUGGAGGGCUGGUUGAAAAUCUGAUGCCCAGAAAGAGCAAGGAGGCAAGCUCAGGGGGUCAUAGUCAUGCAGUAAAUUUGAGUGUUUACAACGGUGAAUAGCCCUCAGCAGCAUAUGCUCACUGAUUCGGCAGGAUUUGCUAGGAAAGUUUCCUGCCAAUGUCAAGUACAGUGACUCAACAUUUCCCCAAUGGUGAUCAAAUUAAUCCCAAAGGUCUGUAGCAGAGGCUUAUUUGCAUUGGCAAACUCAGCAGCCGACUUCUACUGCAUCAAUAAUCUUGCCGCAUGAUCACACUGCCCAAGUCACUGGACAGUCCCUGUCAUCUAUUUGUAAACAGUAAUAAUAUAGAGUACCGUGACUGCUGCAGACAAAUGAACAAUCACACAAUCCCGCUCUAGGUUGUACAGAUCUUUUUCUCCACGGAUUUGCAUCCCCAAGGGACCAGGGCAAAUACAGUCAGCAGUUCUUGGUGAGACAAGCGCUCUCAGGCUCCAUGCAGAGCACUGACAAGGAUGCUUUCCCAAUUGUCGACUCUUGCAAUCAAAUCCCAAAAUGAAAGCUAGUGAUAAUAAGCAAUGCCAGCACCUGGAAGCUGCGCAGCUCAUGCAAUCUGAUUUCCUAUACAGAAGCAGCAGCAAAAAUACAGCAGUGCUAGCUCCUAAGGAUGCGCAGCUCAAACCAUCUGAUCACUGAUGCAGAGGAUGUCAAUUUCCAGAUUUCAACCUCAUGCCCAGAUAUAAAGCCAGCUGAGCUCCCUAGUGACAUUCCCAACCCUGCUCAGAAGGAGCAGCAACAAACACCAAGUUCUCCCUC